AUGGGAAUGUUCAUCGCCGCAAACCUGCUCGGUAGCUCCGUCCAGAUCUCGACCCUCCCUCUCCCCGUGCUGUCGACCCUUCAGGCCUCCGGCCUCGUCUUCAACUCGAUAUGCGCCACCCUGAUACUCAACGAGCCCUUCACGCGCUGGUCUCUCUGGGGCACCAUGCUCGUCUGCGCUGGUGCCGUGCUCAUCGCCGUCUUUGGAGCCAUCCCCUCUCCUGCGCACAACCUCCAGGAGUUGCUUGGCCUGCUCGGCCGCCGAUCCUUUGUAAUAUGGAUGAUCAUGCAGGCUUUGCUGGUCCUCUCCAUCGCCAUCACCAUCGACUGCCUCGAUGCCUUCACGAGCCUCUCGACCAAUUCGCGAUUCCGCUUCGUGCGCGGCCUGUCGUACGGCUGUAUAAGCGGCAUCGUGUCCGCGCACUCUCUGCUGGUUGCCAAGUCCGCGGUCGAGCUCAUCAUUAAGACGAUCGCCGACGGCGACAACCAGUUCAUUCACUGGCAGGCUUGGGUGCUGGUUCUCGCGCUGGUCACCCUGGCCCUCAGCCAGCUCUACUACCUCCACCGCGGCCUGAAGCUUGUGUCGACGUCGGUCUUGUAUCCAAUGGUCUUUUGCAUCUACAACAUCAUUGCCAUUUUGGAUGGUUUGAUCUACUUCAACCAGACCGACCUUAUCAGCCCCCUCCGCGGCGGACUCAUUGCUCUAGGCACCGCCAUCCUAUUAUCAGGCGUGUUGGCGCUAUCAUGGCGCCUUAGCGACGAACAACAUACACCGGGAGUAGGCCAGUCUUCCCUGGCGCCCGGCUUGGGUCUCGUGGAGGACACCGAAGACGAGGAGGAGUCCCUCCUUGGCGGCGACGACUUGUACAGCCUUCACGAAGAGGACGACCCUCUACCCGUAACAUACUCAACAUUUAACGUAGCGAGCGGGGAGACAACUCCACUUACGCCUAGCCGUCCAAAGAAGGGCAGGAGAUGGCAAGAACGUGCCGAGAUCUGGGGCGAGCUCGAGGAUCGCGAUACGUCAAGCCCGCCCAUCUCGCGCAGGCGAUCAAGCACGAUGCCCGACAUCACCGAGUCGACUUCCCUCCUCGGCCACCGCCGCACAAGCGGCACCCAACCCCAAACAUCCUCUUCAGCAGAGGCGGGCCCCAGUAGCGAGUCCCCUUCGCAGCGUCGACCCGCAGGCCGCAGGCGGCGCAAGUCGACCGGGUUCCCGGGCUUCACGGCUCGCCGCCGCCGCAAGAGCCAGAGCAGCCAACCGUCCCUGCAGGAGGCGCUUGGGGGUAUCUGGAAACUCAAGUGGUGGCGGGGGUCCGGCGGAGGAGACGAGGGUGCGCCGCCGAGCAGCAGCGGGAGCUGGCCCGCGUUCUUCCGCGACGAGGCGAGGCCGGAGAGCAGUAGUAGUGCUCACGGGCCACGGAGGGGAAACGGAGGCGGCGGUGACGACCGGGCCCAACAGCAUGAUAGGGGGCGGGGCGGCGGCGGCGGCCGGACUAGUGAUGAUUCGCCUGUAUGA